GUACAGUGAAAGAGUCUGGUGAGAAACAUAAGGGAUCUGUUGAAAUUCCUAACCUGUCAGAAGAAAAUGAGGUAGAUGAUACAGAGAUAAAUGUUAGCAAAAAGAAAGGGGAAGGCGAUGUCCUGAAGGAUCUUAUGAGAACUGAGGGAACCACGAAAGUCAGAGAGGCCUUGAGAGAUUAUCUGAAAGCACUUAAAACAGAGUUUACCUUGGGAAUGAUUCUGCCAACAAAAGCUGCUGUUGGUCAGGAGCUGGCCGCUGAGCGAAAACUAAGUGCACACCCCACGCAAGAUUCUGUUUCACCACAAGAUGUGGUCGGUGUAAAAAUCCCAACAGUGAAGAUACUCAUGAGGGAAAUCUUCAACUCUCCAGCGGAUGAACUUUACAGCAUCUUCACAACUAAGGAGCUGGUACAGAAGUUCUCUAAGUGUCCUGCUGUGAUCGAAGCUGAGAAAGGAGGCAAACUUCAGAUGUUUGAUGGCUCUGUCAGCGGGGAAUACACAGAACUGGUGCCAAGCCAAAGAAUUGUCCUGAAGUGGAGGUGUAGAAGCUGGCCCGAUGAACAUUAUGCAGUGGUUGCCUUGAAUUUCAAGGAUAUGGCUGCUCAAACAGAACUGCAGUUAGAGUGCAAAGGAGUUCCCGUCUCUAGUGAAGACAGCACAAGACAGUGUUGGAAGCAGCAGUAUUUUGAAGAAAUACAUAUUUUCCUCCAGCAAUCCAAAGACAACAUGGAAUGA